AUGCCAUAAUUAACUCCUUAAACACUUAACAGGUUGUGUGAAUACUUUUUGUAUUUAGCAAAAUUAGAGUCAGAAAUUGAAAUAAUUCGAAAUGUUCUUUGUGAACAUGAUUAUUUCCAUCCAUUUUUCAUUUUUAAAUACAUUGAUGGAAUAUCCAUAAAUCCAAAAGGUUAAUUGAGCCCUGCCGAUCUUCUCUAAUUUCUAGAAGAUAAUGGUUUUGUACAUAAUUUGGAAGAAUGUAUAUAAUUUAUAGACUUAUAUGAUGAAGAAUCUAAAGGAUUUCUCCUAUAUUCACAGUAACUAUUUAUAUUUAUAUAUAAUAGAUUCUUAAGAAUAUGCUUACCUUAAAACAAUGUAGCCUUAAGAUAAAAGAUUGCACUUUAAAAUAUUGAUGUUCCUCAUUAUGAUCAAAGGAUUUCAUACACAUUAUCAAAAUUAAUAAACUACGAAAUAAAAUCUAUGGAAAUUACAUCAUCAUUCGUUUAAAAACUAUAGGAUUGUUCAGAUUACAGUCCAACUGAAUGUUUUGAAUAGAUGAAUCCCCAAAAAUCAUAAGGUUUAAUAGUCUCCAAUUUUAAAGAUCUCUUUUAAAAAUCAGCCAUUAUUAUCUAUCCUCAUGAACUUCAAUUUUUAUUUAAAAGAUUUGAUCUUCUUAAUGAUGGUAUCAUAGAUAAAUCUGAAUUUAUGAAGUAUUUUAAGAAUAGAGUCAUCAAUCCAAAAGAAUAUAAAACUCCAAUUAAAGAUAAAUCUUAUCUACAAAAUUUUAAAGAUAAAAGUUAAUAAUAGAAAUAAUUAUAAUCCCAAUAAUCAAAUAGAUCAAAAAAAGCAUAAACUACUCCUAUAAAAAAAUUAAAUUCUAUUUUAAAAUAAACAGGAUAAUCACCAAAAAAGGAAUUUGAUAAUUAGAGAUCAGUUAGUUUUAUUGAAAGUUCCAAGAAUUCCAAAACUUAAAAUUUAAAUUAAAGUUACAUAUUCAAAACUCCUAAUCAACCUAAUAAAAAAUAUAUCGAUUAAAAAACAGAAUUAAGAGCCUAAAUGUAAUUAUUCAAAGUUUAAAAAUAAUAAAAAGGUUAAAUUAAUUCCACAAUUAAGAAAAAUAUUUAAAAUUCUACUUAAAAAAAAGUAAUAAAGAAUUCUCCUAAAAAAAAUAACAAUUUGUUUAAUCCUUCUAAAUUUUUAAAAGAUACUCUAAUUUAAUUAUUAAACUUUGAAAAAGAAAUCGAAAGAAUUAAACUUAAUUUAUAAGCAACUCCUGAUUUCUCUCUUUGCAAUACUUUCAGAACUUUAGAUAAAAAGAAAAUGGGAUUCCUAGUAGCUGAAGAUCUAGAAUAAUUCAUUAAUAAAUAAGACCUUUCACUUAUACUAAAGAAGGCUUCUCUUGAUGGUAGAAUUAAAUUUAAUUAAUUCAUACAAUUAAUAUCUCCAUUGUCUAUAUAUCAUUAAGAACAAUAAUUUAUUAGAGAACAGAGUCAAAAUCAAAAUUAUAUUAUUCAAGGAAGAAUAAAAUAAUUACUCUGUCUUUUAUUUGAAAAAUUAUACUAAAGAGAACUCUUAUUCAAUUAAGUAAAUUAGGAAAUGAAAAACAAUUAAUAAUGUGAUAUAAAAUACUUAUUUAUGAUGAUUGAUGAAGAUUCAUGUGAUAAUGAAAUUAGCUUAAAAGAUGUAUCUAUAUCAAAACUACUAUAUACUAGCUUGAUUCCUUUUUGUAUAAGUAACAAGUAUAACCAGAAUUAGAAGACUUAGAAUUAUUAUUCAAUAGACUGGAUACUGAUAGAGAUGGAAAAAUAUCCUUUCCAGAUUUUAUCAACAUUUUUUCCUUUUGA